AUGGAAGCACACGGCGGCGGCGGCAGCCUCCGGCGAGUGUUUGUGUUGGCGUUUUGCGUAGCCGGGAUCUGGUCGGCUUAUAUAUAUCAAGGUUUUCUUCAAGAAACUCUAUCAACGAAGCGAUUUGGUUCAGAUGGGAAGAGAUUUGAGCACCUUGCAUUCCUAAAUCUGGCGCAAAAUGUAGUUUGCUUGAUUUGGUCUUACAUAAUGAUAAAGAUUUGGUCGAAGAGUAGUACCGGCGGUGCUCCGUGGUGGACAUACUGGAGCCCUGGCAUUACAAAUACAAUUGGGCCAGCCAUGGGUAUUGAAGCCCUAAAGUAUAUCAGUUACCCUGCCCAGGUCCUGGCAAAAUCCUCCAAAAUGAUUCCAGUGAUGUUUAUGAGUAGUUUGGUGUAUGGUAUAAGAUACACCCUUCCUGAGUAUCUUUGCACUUUCCUUGUUGCUGGAGGGGUGUCUAUGUUUGCUCUCUUGAAGACAAGCUCGAAGACGAUUAAUAAGCUAGCACAUCCAAAUGCACCCCUUGGAUAUGGACUUUGUUUCUUGAACCUUGCAUUUGAUGGAUUUACUAAUGCUACUCAGGAUUCACUUAAAGCUAGGUAUCCAAAGACAAGCGCUUGGGAUAUAAUGCUGGGAAUGAAUUUGUGGGGUACAAUAUACAACCUGAUCUACAUGUUUGGCUGGUCACAUGGUAUUGGAUAUGAGGCAAUUGAAUUUUGCAAGCAGCAUCCAGAGGCGGCAUGGGACAUUUUGCUCUUCUGCCUGUGCGGCGCCGUGGGCCAGAAUUUCAUCUUUCUAACCAUUAGCCAAUUUGGAUCUCUAGCGAACACUACUAUCACCACAACCCGCAAGUUUGUCAGCAUUGUGGUUUCUUCGUUGCUGAGUGGCAAUCCCCUAUCAGCAAAGCAGUGGGGAUGCGUAGUCAUGGUGUUCUCUGGUCUAUCAUAUCAGAUAUAUCUCAAGUGGAGAAAGUCGCAGAAACUGCAAAAGAAGAGAAAGCAUAUUUGA